AUGGCUUUUUCCCGCCGCAGGGCCGUGAAACCCAAGACCCUGACCUGCCUUCUGGUGGGUUUGAGUUUCUUGGGCCUGCAUCUGUGGUUCCUCGAAGCCAAGUCCCAGCAGGAGAGGAUGUCGGAUGGCUCCCCGCAGAUUGCCCGUGUGGCCCCUGUUGCCGCGCCGCCGUCCAGCCCAGGGCCUCAGUGCUUGGCCAACGCCUCGGCGAACGCCACGGCCAACUUCGAGCGGCUGGCCACGUGCAUCCAAGACUUCCUGCGGUACCUCCACUGCCGCCACUUCCCGCUGCUCUGGGAUGCGCCGGCCAAGUGUGCGGGCAGCCGCGGGACCUUCCUGCUGCUGGCCGUUAAGUCGUCGCCUGCCAACUGCGGGCGUCACGAGCUCAUCCGCUGCAUGUGGGAGGAGCGCAGCUACGGCGGGCGGACGGGGCGCCGCCUCUUCCGGCGGGGCGCCGCCGCUCCCGAGGACGCCGAGCGCGCCGAGCGGUUGAUGGCGGUAAUGGCGCUGGAGGCGUGCGAUGACGGCGGCGUGCUGCAAGAGGCCUCCGCGGACACCUUCCUCAACCUCACGCUCAAGCACGUGCACCGGAUCCACUGGCUGGAGGCCCGCUGCCUGCACGCGCGCUUCCUGCUCAGCGGCGGCGACGACGUCUUAGUGCACACAGCCAACGUGCUCCGCUUCCUGUAGGCGCAGCCGCCCGACCGCUACCUCCUCGUCGCGCAGCUCAUGAGCGGCUCUGUGCCCAUCCGCGACAGCGGGAGCGAGUACUUCGUGCCUUCGCAGCUCUUUCCCGGACCCGCCUACCCGGUGUACUGCAGCGGCGGCGACUUCCGCCUGUCCGGCCGCACGAUCCAGGCCCUGCGCCAAGCCGCCUGCCACACCCCGCUCUUCCCUAUCGACGACGCCUACGUGGGCAUGUGUCUGGAGCGCGCCGGCUUGGCGCGUGGCCACGAGGGCAUCCGGCCUUUCGGCGUGCAGCUGCCUGGCGCCCGGCAGCCCUCUUUCGACCCCUGCAUGUACCGCGAGCUGCUGUUCGUGCACCGCUUCGCCCCCUACGAGAUGCUGCUCACGUGGAAGGUGCUGCGCGACCCCGGGCUGAGCUGGGGCGGGGGGCACAGGGUGUCCUGA